AUGGCAUGGACAGAUGAUACUUACCCACAGUUUCAGCAGUGGAACCAGGACACAGAGAAUGUGCAGAUAAAUCAACAGCCUGUAAGUCAGCCCACCACCAUCCUACAGCAGCUCCCUGUUGCCACGUCAUCUCCCACUCCUUCCACCGGGCCAGCACAUGUCAAGCAGGACCUGGUGGAGCUGAUGAUGAUCCAGAAUACCCAGAUGCACCAGGUCAUCAUGAACAACAUGACCAUGUCAGCCCUCAGCUCAUUUGGUUAUUCCCAGCCCCAGCUCCACCCUCCGUCUACCUCUGAGGUUCAGUCAUUUGGUUAUUCCCAGCCCCAGCUCCACCCUCCGUCUACCUCUGAGGUUCAGUCAUUUGGUUAUUCCCAGCCCCAGCUCCACCCUCCGUUUACCUCUGAGGUUCAGUCAUUUGGCUAUUCCCAGCCCCAACCCCACCCUCCACCCCUGAAGAGGGCGGUCCCACCUCCUCCCCCACCCAGCGCUACCAGGACUGUGGGGGCUGACGUCCCUCCAGCAACAGAUUACUAUGAGGCUAUGGAGAGAAGACAGUGA